GACGUUUACUUGUACGGAACGUCUAUUGGUCCAAACCUAUUCGAGUCGCUAAGAACUGCCAAGCAAGACCACUUAUGAUUUCUAAACCCCACCAGCAACUGCAUUCGGAGAUUUAAAUCAGCGGGUGUUUGCGUCUUCUGCGGCCAUGAGGGUCUUAAUAGGAGGGGGAAGUGGAUUUAUAGGCAGAGAGCUCACCUACUUGCUCAGAAGCAAAGGUCACGAGGUCACGGUAAUAUCUAGGCAACCAGGCCCAGGAAAAAUAACAUGGAGUGAUUUGAAGUCUAAAGGCCUCCCACCGUGUGAGGGAGCUGUUAACUUAUCUGGGGAGAAUCUGAUGAACCCUUUACGAUGGUGGAAUGAAAGUUAUAAGAAGGACUUGUUCUCCAGCCGCAUUGACACCACCAAAGCUCUGUCUGAAGCCAUAGCCGCUGCAACCUGUCCUCCUCACUGCUGGGUGCUGGUAUCCGGCGUGGCUUGUUACAAACCCAGCCUGACAGCCGAGUACACCGAGGACAGCGAGUGGACUCCCUUUGAUUUCCUCUCUAAACUGGUCAAAGAGUGGGAGGCUGCUGCUCUCCUUCCACAGAGUGUGGCCAAAACCACCAGACAGGUCAUCGUUCGGCCCGGGGCAGUACUGGGUCGGGACGGUGGAGCCAUGAAGCAAAUGCUGCUGCCGUUCUGGUUGGGCCUCGGCGGCACUCUGGGCUCUGGAAGGCAGCCGUUCCCCUGGAUCCACGUGUCGGACCUGGCCGGUAUUAUUGCCCACGCUCUGGAGGCCCUCGCAGACUCAGCGGCACUGCCCCCUCCUCAGGUGUACAAUGGAGUUGCGCCUGCUCUCAACACCAACUACGAGUUCACCAAGGAGUUGGGCCGGCUCAUGCGGCGGCCUACAAUCUUCCCCGUGCCUGCCUUCGCCAUGAAUGCCCUGAUUGGCUCAGAGAGGGCUGUGAUUCUGACUGAAGGCCAGAGGGUCAUACCAGAGAGGACUUUAGAGUCUGGCUUUCAGUACCAGUACCCGGACCUGACCUCAGCUCUGAAGCAAAUCCUUGGCAGUUAACAGUGAAGCUGCCGCUAACUGCCUACGCUCGUCAGAGGGGAAACGUGUCUUAAUCUGUCUACAGAUGAACCAGAUUAAUGAACAAAAGUUGAGGGGGUGUUCACUUAAUUGCUUUGCAGAUUAAAUUGGAGUCUGAAAUGUAAACAUCAGCUAAACGAAUAUUCAAAGGGAUGUCAUGUUAAAUGCACAAAGAAAUGUUUCAGUUUUAAAAAGUCCCCAUGUCUGCCGCUAAAUGUUUGUUUACCCAUUUCUGUUCGUUGAAAAAAGUUUGUGCAUCUAUGGUGUCUUUUUCUGUUGAAAAAACAAAGUAUUUUGGCCAAUAAAUCUGAUGUGCUUUCAAUUAAA